UUUUCCAAAUGGUUAUAUUAAAACUGGAAUUAAAGAGAAUAAGAAAUAUUUUCAUAUAAGGGGGUGUGGCCUGUUGAAAGGAGGGAAUACCAUGGGCAUCCCUCCCAUCCAACCAACACCAACAGUCCAACAGACGCUGUUUUUAUUAGGUUGGGAAGGUUGUAAACUUGACAGCAACAAAAAAAAGAAUAUGGUAGACUUGGAGAUUCCACCUGAGACAACAACAGAAUUUCUUAUACGUGUUGGACUUUACAUUGGAGCUAUAUUCCAGCUCACUUGCAUCCUGGCGAUAAUAAUAUUACCGGAUAAAAACACAAACAGCCCACUGAGCGGAAGUCGAAAUAUAGAUAAUUCGGACCAACAGCAGUGGGAAUCUUCAUCAGCACCAGCCAGGCAUUCGCACAACAGGGCGAGAAAGCAGGAUAAAAAGAAAAGGCGUUGAACUUUCAUUGUUUUUAAAAUGUUUAUUUUACUCAAGAAUAUUUAUACAUUUGUGUCGUAACAUUCCAGAAACGUGUGGUUAGUGACCGUUAGUCGAUGAU